UACGAGAGCUGCUGAAUCAGAGGAGAAGGAGACUAGAAUCAUCAGUGUCGUCGUCGUUCGCACGUCGGAAUCAUCAAAGAAUCUCUCUCUCUCUCUCUCAUUCUCUCUUUCUCCCUCCUUUCAUUCUCACUGAUAGAUCCAUCUCAACUAGAACUUCAUCACUUUACCCAUUUCUACAUCUCUAAAAAAUUGAUCUCGAUUCAGCUUCCUAAUCUCGCUCCCAGGACGAGAUCCUUGAUGCGGAACAUCUGAGAGAAGUUCUGGAUUUUGGUUCAUGCUUCGGAGAAAGCUUAGAUAGUUUUGAAUCCUCUGUGUACAUGUCGGGAAAUUCGGCUUCUCUCGGUCUCCGGGGAUUUUCAGAAAGACUGAAGAUAAUGAAGAACAGCAAACACAAUAAGAAACCAACAUCUUGGCAUUGCAAUGAUGCAGGAGGUUGCAGAUAUUCACUGCUUACUAUAGUAUGGACCGUCGUGGGAUUCUUCCUCGUGGCUCAUCUUAUCUCGCUAUAUAGCAGAAAAGAUAACAUCGAUCAAGAGCUUCCUUCUAAUCAGUUACAAGUUCGUCAUCAUCAUAUUCAUCAUCCUGUUGUUCAUGAGCUUGUAAGAGUUGAAGAAGAGAUACUGAGAAUGCCGCCACCGAGAAAGCGUUCUCCUCGUACAUGCAAACGGAAAUCAAGAAAACCGAUCCCUCUGGUUGAGGAGUUUCUUGAUGAAAAGUCACCAAUUCGGCAUCUUUUCUUUCCUGCCACUUCCUUUGGUCCCACCAAGGGUAUGGGAAACGAUACAUUGCUGCAUUACUUGCCCGGGAAAAUUUGGAUGGACACAGAAGGGAAUCCAAUUCAAGCCCAUGGUGGAGGGAUUCUACACGAUGAGAAAUCUAACACAUACUAUUGGUAUGGUGAAUAUAAAGAUGGACCUACUUACCAUGCUCACAAGAAAGGACCAGCCAGAGUUGAUGUUAUAGGGGUAGGUUGUUACUCUUCAAAAGACUUAUGGACAUGGAAUAACGAAGGCAUUGUACUCGGAGCUGAAGAAACAAACAAGACCCAUGAUCUGCAUAAAUCCAAUGUUCUUGAGCGACCAAAAGUUAUUUACAAUGAAAAGACAGAAAAGUACGUGAUGUGGAUGCAUAUCGACGACGCAAACUACACUAAAGCUUCAGUAGGUGUAGCCGUUAGCGAUAACCCGACAGGUCCGUUCGAAUAUCUAUACAGCAAACGUCCACACGGGUUCGAUAGUCGGGACAUGACUGUCUUCAAAGAUGACGAUGGUGUUGCUUACCUGAUUUACUCGUCUGAAGUCAACAGCGUGCUUCAUAUCGGACCAUUAACCGAAGAUUACCUCGAUGUGACGCCGGUUAUGAGGAAAGUAAUGGUUGGACAACACAGGGAAGCUCCGGCUAUCUUCAAGCAUGACAACACUUAUUACAUGAUCACUUCUUGGUGCACUGGUUGGGCACCAAAUGAAGCCUUGGCUCAUGCGGCUGAAUCAAUAAUGGGUCCAUGGGAGAAGUUGGGGAAUCCGUGUAUUGGCGGUAACAAAGUUUUCCGGUUAACAACAUUCUUUGCGCAGAGCACGUAUGUGAUUCCUGUACCGGGUGUUACCGGCGCGUUUAUCUUCAUGGCAGAUAGGUGGAACCCGGCGGAUUUGCGGGAUUCGAGAUACGUGUGGUUACCGUUAGUUAUAGGAGGACCGGCUGAUCAGCCUUUAGAGUCCAAUUUCGGGUUCCCAAUGUGGUCGAGGGUGUCUAUAUACUGGCACAGUAAAUGGCAUCUACCUUAAAACAGACAAACAAAUAACUAGAUAUGUUUUUUUCACCAUGUGCUGAUCAUUGUUGUUUGUAUUGUAGAUUAGGCGACAUUCAUACACCAUUGUGAGAAUUAUAGUUUCUAAUAAAAAUCUUUUA